AUGGACGAACCGUUACAAAUGAAUGAUCUUAUGUGUCCUUCGAAUUCUUCAAGUGGCAGUACACAUACGAGUGACCUCAGUAUUGACAACAAAUUGUUAGUGGAAAGCGGGUGCCAGGCUGGUCGAAGUUUUGUUGAAAAUAUCAACAAUACCAAAGAAGAGCUGAACGCUUCUGUUAGCAAGUCUGAGGAAGGUUUCUUAACACCCACUGUGAUGUCACGUAGUAUUAAUUCUCCUAACAGACCACCAUCCCCCCAGCUAGAAUCUGUCAUCAGAAAAGACGGCACCCCUGAAAAACUCACACGGACGAACAAAGACGGGCAGAACGGCAAAGAUCGUGAAAUGGAUCACGUGAAUAAAGAUGUAGGGACUGAAAAAGAUUCGGAGUCGAUAGCGGCAAGUUUCUUACAAGCCAAUGACACUUCGGAUCUGCGACUAGUGUGUGGUGGCAAGCCACUGUACGUAUCUAGGAUCGUACUGUCUAUCAUAUCUCCCGUCCUAAAACAAAUGUUUGAUAACCGAUCACGGGAACAAAGCGUCAUAGAAAUCCCGCUACCAGGGAGAUCCUUUGACGAUAUGUUGGAAUUCCUGUGCUGUGUGUAUCCUGAUAAAUUAAAACCCGUGACAGAAGAAAACGUGAUGACACUGCUUGACUUAGCUGUGGAUUACAAAGUUGCGAGUUUGAAAUUACGAUGCGAGCAAUAUCUUCUUGAAGAGUUAACCCGGAACCGGAAGAGUGUAUCUCCUGACAAUUUGGUCAAGACGAUCCAACUUGCGGAUCAGUACGGAUUGAGUAGUGUCCAGCAACACUGUUUCGAAAUAGCAACUCGUACAUCAUCGGACUUACUGGAAAACGUUCAAGGGUUCUGGGAUUUGUCCCACGUUCACACUGCCACUAUCUUUCUGCAGAGAUUGAAAUUAUUUGAAUCGGCUUCUAAAAAAGUGUGCAAGCGACUGAAAGAAGUAGAAGCUCAUUGUAGUUUGUAUCAUAAAAACGAAAGAUGGGGAGAUAGCUUAUGUAACAAAUGUUUGGCGAGUGUGGGGAAAGUAGCGGCCGUGGAAAUAGCACAGUUAUAA